AUGAAUAGUUAUCAAGAAUACCAGAGAUUACAACAUCUGUUGAGUGAUCCAAAAUAUCAGCCAUACGUGAAUUUGGCAAAAAAACUGACAUACUAUGCCUCUUAUUAUCUGAUAUGGGCCCUACAGACGGUGCAUUCGCUUGUAAGUAGGUACCCACAAGUCUCUGACUGGUUGGGUUACUUGUUUUCAUUAUACAUGGCCUAUUUGACUAUAAAGCGUGCCAUUCGAGUUGUUAAAUCGUCCUCUUAUGUUAUUCUGGUAGUAUUUGGUCUUUACGUCUGGCAAAGAGGCGUUUCUCAAGUUAUCCUGAUGGAUUUGCCAUAUCUGGCAGAUAGGUUAAAACAGUACGUGCAUAACUUACCAAGGGAUGCUCAUGGGAACGGAUCCUUUCUCAAGGAUGUGUAUGCUCCGUUUUAUGAUUUGUACAAUUCGUUACAGGCGUUAUUUUAA